AUGGCACCCCUGUUGCCGGUCACCCUGGCCCUCCCUGCCCGGAUCCGCCUGGCCCAGGGGCUGGCACUGGCCGGCGGCCUCACCCUGGCCUCGGGCGGGCACCUCCUGGCCCAGCUGUGGCAUCUGAGCCCCUUCUUGGGCCCCUUCCCGCCUCUCGCGGCCCUGGCCUCGGGUGCCCUCACUCUGGCCGCCGGCCUGGCCGGAGCUGCCCGGGCCUCUCUGGCCGCUGCCCGCUGGAGAGGCGUGCUGGGGCCGCUCCUGCUCGCCGGGGCGGGUGGAGGUGGGGGGUUGCCGGCCCUGGCACUGGGGUUGGCCCUAGGGGUGCCCGGCGGGCUGGGCGAGGCCCUGGAGUUAGGCCUGGGGUCAGCCCUGGCUCACUACAAGGACACUCUCCAGGUGCCCGGGUACUGCCACACCAAGCGACUGAUGGAUGAGCUGCAGCUGAGCUACCACUGCUGCGGGCGGCACGGCCCCAGGGAUUGGUUCGCCGUCCAGUGGGUCAGCAGCCGCUACCUGGACCUCCGGAAUCAGGACGUGGCGGAGUGA